UUUUUGAAAUUUUACUCGAUGACACGUCUCAGUUUGGAGGAACUGCAUCUUACCUACCCAACAGCCAUGCUGCAGUUAUACCACGUUGAACACAAUAGCCCUAGAGCACUUAAGAAUCAUCGUGACGCUGGAUGUGUAGCUCAGUGGUAGAGCCCUUGCCUGGCAUGUGCAAAGCCCUUUGUUCCAUCUCCAGCACUGCAAAAAGAAGAAAAUCACCCAAGCUGCUGAAUGAAAAGAGAAUCCUUGUAGCAGGCUUCCCGACAUUCUACUUGUGAAGAUAGUCUAAUUCUGAUGGUGUAGAGUGGGGUCAUUUUCAAAAGGAAUCGUUGAUUGUUCUGAUGUUCAUGCUCCCCCAAGUGCACCUUAGAAACUGUGGGCUGAUAGUGAAAUGUCCUGAUUUUGGAGUUAAACCUAUAGGCCUUUGUGUGCAGAUCCCACCAUUUAAGAGCUAUGAAAAUUAGUAGUGUUAGUUUUCUAGGUCUUGGACUGCCCACCUGCAAACUGAGGCUCAUAUUACCCACCUUAGAGACUUGUGGGUAUAGGAUGACAGAUAUCAAAGAAUGGCAAUGCUUGGUGUCUGAAUGCACUCCACCCCAGCCAUCCCCACUUCCCAGUCUGUCACAGAAAGCUUCGCCAACAUCAUCCAUGGCUUGAAAGUAGGACACCUAACAGAUCGUGUCAUUCAGAGGAGCAAGAGGAUGAUUCUGGAUACUCUGGGUGUUGGAUUCCUUGGGACCAGCACAGAAGUGUUUCACAAAGUCAGCCAAUAUAGUAAAAUCUACAGUUCCAAUACAUCCAGCAUGGUUUGGGGUCAGCCAGACUUCAGACUCCCACCUUCCUACGCUGCUUUUGUUAAUGGAGUGGCUAUUCACUCAAUGGAUUUUGAUGACACGUGGCACCCUGCUACCCACCCAUCUGGGGCUGUCCUUCCUGCCCUCACAGCUUUACUAGAAUCCCUACCUCAGAGGGCAAAAUUUUCUGGCCUUGACCUACUACUGGCUUUCAACAUUGGUAUUGAAGUACAAGGCAGACUAAUGCACUUCUCUAAGGAAGCUAGCGACAUUCCAAAGAGAUUCCAUCCUCCCUCGGUGGUGGGAACUUUGGGUAGCGCUGCUGCUGCAUCCAAGUUAUUAGGGCUCAGCCUGACAGAGUGCCAAGAAGCCCUGGCCAUUGCUGCUUCUUUUGCUGGGGCACCGAUGGCAAACGCUGCCACUCAGACCAAGCCCCUUCAUAUAGGGAAUGCUGCCAGGCAUGGAACAGAAGCUGCUUUUCUAGCAAUGCUAGGUCUCCAAGGAAACAAGCACAUCUUGGACCUGGCAACAGGAUUUGGGGCCUUCUACACAAACUACUCCACAAAGGUCCUUCCAAGCCUGGAUUCCCACAGUUGGCUGCUAGAUGAGCAGGACGUAGCCUUCAAGCGUUUCCCUGCACAUUUGGCUACUCACUGGGUGGCAGAGGCAGCUGCAGCAGUGAGACGGCACCUUGUGCUUUCAGACGGAGCUCUGCUUCCUGCUGACCAUAUCGAGAACAUUGUGCUCAGGGUUCCAGAUGUCCAGUAUGUAAACAGACCCUUCCCGGACUCAGAGCACGAAGCCCGUCACUCCUUCCAGUAUGUGGCCUGCACUACGCUGCUUGACGGAGAUAUUGCUGUCCCAUCAUUCUUCAAAGACCAGGUCAGUAGGCCACAGGUGACGGAGUUGCUCAGGAAGACGAAGCUAGAGCAUCCUUCUGACAACCUGCCAAACUUCAACACACUGUACUGCGAGGUCAGUGUCACCCUCAAGAAUGGAGCUACAUUCACGGAGUGCUGCAAUACCUUCUAUGGUCACUGGAGGAAUCCACUGAACCAGGAAGACCUAGAGAAAAAAUUCAGGGCUAAUGCCACCAAGGUGCUGCCCCCCAACAAAAUGGAAAAUCUUAUAAAUACAGUGAAAAAGCUGGAAGAUCUAGAAGACUGUAGAGUGCUGACCACACUUUUAAAAGGAUCAGAGGAGACUUCAAAAACAUCUAGCAUGUAAUCAUCCCAUUACACAGUCUCUACCCAGGCUCAUUAGCAUCUGAACCACUUUGCCUUUGGGGAGAUUCUAUAAUCUGCUUUAUAAAGCAAGGAUUUGCUGCUUGGUCUGCUGAGAAAUAAAUGAAGAAAAGAGGAAAGAGUCCAGAAAUAGCACCAUAUAUCACCAUCUGAAAGGAGUCUCAUCCCGUAAUUUUUGUAGGACUGUUCAAAUUAUCUUAAAAAUAAUACUGAAGAAAUAAAAACUGAUUCUUAUAAACAUUCCCAAGGGUAAAGUCUAAGUCAAUUGCAAUUUAUUUAGAGUCAUCUUUUCAGAAGAAUUAUUUAUGGGCUCCAGAGGAAGAUAACCUGCGUGCUGUUUCCUGACGGUGGAGCAAGGCUCUGGUCUGAUGUGCAUAGCAGUCAUUAGAUGAGGGGUUGUCCUCCAGCACGUAAUCGUGGAAGGGGUGCUUCCAAGGGAUCACUGGGUUCAGAUUGUGCUUCUGCUACUUCCUUCAUAUGGCUGAAAUUUCUCUCUUUGAAGAGUAAAGAGAAAAGGCAGUCUGGAGAAAAGAGUAGUCUGGCACUAGAAUCCACGGUCUUCACCCUCACAGUAUAUUAUCUUUUUGUACAAAAGAGUUUCUGAGAAAAAUGUUACCAAUGAUAAGUCAGAGAUGCAGUAAAGGAUGUAAAGGGGGGAGAGGUAAAUGUAUAAUUUCUAUAUUAACUACAUAAAGUAAUAAAAAUGUCAUCUGGGAUUUUAAAA